AUGGAAACUGGCACUCCUGAAAGCCGAUCGCGACCAAUCAAAGAGGAGAAAGAUAUUUGCUUACUCUAUGAACCCCCAAGCCCAUACUUGGACCUCAUGACGAAAGCUUUAGUCGGGAGCCCCAGGGCUGGGAGGUGUAGCGUUGGCCGAAAAAGUAAAGCAUGUUUGCCGCCACACGAUCCCUACAAUUCUUUUCUCCGCCGAUUUGGCGAUGACUGGCCACCAUAUGGCUAUACCAUGAUUGGAAUAGAAAGGUUGCAGAGCUUCAUGUCAGCUAUCAACGAGGUCAACAGAAAUCAUGUUCUUGGUGCAAUUAUGGAGUUUGGUGUAUGGCGAGGUGGAGCAAUGAUAAUGGCUGCUGCGAUGCAAAAGGAACGAGGUACAAAUCGUGAUCUAUAUCUCUUCGAUGCUUUCGGCCCAGUAGGAGGAAACUCGUAUGACACUCUGCAUGGUUUAGGAAGAAGAAACACAUACGUGUGGCGAUGA